AUUCAAACUUCUCUCUCCUCUCUCACUCGCGCGCUUGCCAAUCAGCGAAAUCUUCGCAUUGGGGGUUUGCUUUCUCCCCAAGUUUUAGGGUUUUCAGUCGCGAUCGAUUUCUCGCCCAUGAAGAGGGAGGCGGUAACCUCCGACGGCGCCGGGAUUGGCUCGAAGAGGAAGGGCGUCGGCGGGGCCGUCGCCCCGGAGCAGCUCAGGGCCGUGAAGAGGGAGCGGUUGUGCAGGAACCGCGGGGAGAAGGAGCCGUCGCAGGCGGCCCAGCAAGACGACUCUGCUCGCAGAGUCCUGCGCUCCCACUACCUCGCCGUCAAAAAUCUCAUCAACGACGAAAGAGAUGACUUGCUGAGGGCGGACUCGGAUAGGUUCGCUACCAUCAUCACUGAAGUGGAGAACUUGUAUGAACAGGUACAGAAGCCGAGGGAGCAAGUGGCAGAUGCUGAGGCACUUUUAGAUAUUGCAAACACUCUGGUUAGCUCAGUGAAAUCAUACUCCAGUGAGGGCAUAACUCCAUCAGAUUUUGUGAAUUGCUUACUCAAGGAUUUCGGUCAGCCGGUGGGAGGCUUGGGAAUCAGUGAAAAUGAUCGGGUCCCCUUUAGCUGGAAGGAUUUAGGCGUACGUGUUUCGCCCAUCUUCAGAAACUUCAAUGGCUGUUCCACCAUGCUUGGACCAAUGAAUACUCAGCUUAAGCAAAGGAAGGUUACUGUUCAUAGAAGGCAUACAAGGCCCACUGAAAGUGCUCGCCCUGAGGAGAUUGAUGAAGGUGAGGUUGAAGGGAAGACAGAUACUGAUAAGAACAUGUCAACAAUGUUUGAGAUCUUAAGAAGGAAGAAGCGCGUCGGACUUGAUAGCUUGAUUUUGAACAGACAGUCUUUUGCACAGACGGUUGAGAAUCUGUUUGCUUUGUCUUUCCUAGUCAAAGAUGGGCGAGCGGAGGUUAUUGUGGAUGAAAAGGGCAAUCACUUUGUUUCGCCAAAAAAUGCUCCUGUUUCUAGUCUUGUUCUGUCUGGUGAAGUGGCUUACAGCCAUUUUGUAUUCAGAUUUGAUUACAGGGAUUGGAAGAUGAUGAUUAGCACACUACCACAUGGAGAGGAGUUGAUGCUACAUAGAGAGCAGCAGAUCUGCUUGGCUUCUUCUCAAACAGAUCCUGUGUCAUGUAAUUCUCAAUCAGCAUUGCCCACAACACCCAUUAAGAAACUGACUAGAAAUCGUGGUUUGGUCAUACAGGAAGAAACGGUGAUUGAAGACUCUCCCGUAAUUGGUGAUGGCUCUUCAACAAGAGCUAAUGCCAUCCGAAAAUGUAAACGGAAAGUGCAAUGAGGCUGCUUUUUUGAGGUCAUGGCGCAUGUCGAGACUCCUUUGGUUUCUGCUUCUCUAUUUUCUGCAGUUUUUUGUGUACAUAGGUAGACGGUCUACGAGUUACUAACUUAGUCCCUAUUUGAAAGUGCGUCCCUCUAAUUCUUUCUGGAAAUUUUGUUUUUGAACUGAGGCCUUUCUGUUGGGGUGUAUAUGUUAGGUUUUUAGAUCAUGUGAGGAUGCACUAUGUUGUGGUUGGUCCUUAUCAAUCAGAAGAAUUGGGCAUGAGUAUUCUUGUAUUAAAUGUCAAGAGCAAGCCAUUCGAGCGAUUCUCUAUUUUUCA